AUGGCCGUUGAGCAAGGCGGUUCUGAUCAAGCAAGGGAGCGGGCGCUUGCCGAUUAUCGCCGCAAGCUGAUUGAACACAGAGAACUUGAGGCUAGAUUAAAGGAAGCCCGUGAAAAAUCUAGGGCUGUGGAUAAGGAAUAUGAGAAAGCAGAAAAUGAUUUAAAGGCAUUGCAAAGUGUCGGUCAAGUUGUCGGCGAUGUCCUGAAGCAGUUGACAGAGGAUCAUUUCAUUGUGAAGGCAAGUAAUGGUCCUCGUUAUGUCGUCGGCUGCCGAAGAAAUUUACCCAAAAGCAAGCUGAAGGCUGGUACUCGUGUAGCUCUUGACAUGACUACUCUCACAAUCAUGCGCCAACUGCCGCGUGAAGUCGAUCCUCUUGUUUACAACAUGUCCGUUGAGGACCCAGGAGCCGUUUCUUAUGCUUCUGUUGGUGGUCUUGCUGAACAAAUCCGUGAACUUCGGGAGGUCAUUGAAUUGCCUUUACUGAAUCCUGAGCUAUUCCAACGGGUUGGAAUCACUCCACCUAAGGGAUGUCUCCUCUAUGGACCUCCUGGCACGGGCAAAACCCUUCUUGCCCGUGCCGUCGCCUCGCAGCUGGAUGCAAACUUCCUUAAAGUUGUUUCCAGUGGCAUUGUCGAUAAGUAUAUCGGCGAGUCAGCCCGUCUCAUCCGUGAAAUGUUCAGCUACGCUCGCGAUCAUCAGCCAUGUAUAAUUUUCAUGGACGAAAUCGAUGCCAUCGGUGGUCGUCGUUUCACUGAGGGCACAAGUGCUGAUAGAGAAAUUCAACGUACUCUCAUGGAACUUCUUAACCAAAUGGACGGUUUUGACGCUCUCGGGCAAGUAAAAAUGAUAAUGGCAACAAAUCGACCAGAUACUUUGGAUCCAGCUCUUCUUCGUCCAGGUCGACUAGACAGAAAAAUAGAAAUCCCUCUUCCCAACGAACAAGCUCGUAUGGACGUUCUGAAGAUUCAUGCUGCCCCGAUUGCUAAGCAUGGCGAAAUAGAUUGGGAGGCAAUUGUCAAGCUCUCUGACGGUUUUAACGGAGCAGACUUAAGAAAUGUUUGUACUGAAGCGGGUAUGUAUGCUAUUCGUGCUGAGCGUGAUUACACCAUCGAGGAGGACUUUAUGAAGGCUGUUCGAAAACUGGCCGACGCCAAAAAGUUGGAGACGAAGCUGGACUACAAGCCUGUGUAA